AUGAAAGACGAAAGAUGUAUUUUUAUCAUAUUGCCGGACGUUACCAACAAUUUUAAAGAUGAAGAGGUUUUAGAAAAACUAGAAGAAAAAAACUUCAUCAUUUUGAAAAGGAAGAAAGUGCACUUGACAGAAAAUGAAAUAAAAGAAAUAUUAAACGACAAGCCCGAGCAGUACAGCAGUUUGGGCGAGUUUUACGCGUACGUGGAAAGCGGGCUGUCCGUCAUUUGUUUGGUAGAGCACAUCGAAGGCAACACGGCGGCGAAGCUGAAUUCGCUAGUUAAGAGCACGUCUAUCUUGAUAAAGGACGAAAAAUACUUCGAAUGCCUAGAGUACCAGUGCAACUUAACGUGCAGGAAUGUCCCAUUCUACUUUAGCAAAAAUGACUGGUACUUCAGCAGAGACCUGAACUACUUCUUCCCCCCCCGGGACCACAACUUUUUGGAAAGAACUUUGAUCGUAUUAAAGCCGGACGUGAUAGAUCAGAACAAGAUAGGUGACGUAGUGAACGACAUUUUGAACUUCGGCUUGCUGAUCGUGGCGGUGAAGAGGGGCGUCUUAUCUGCGGAGCGGGCGCGCAGGCUGUACGGGGGGUCGGCCGGGAAGCCCUACUACGAUGCCCUGAUAGAAUUCAUGACCUCUGCGAAGGGAAUAGUGUGCCUAAUUGUCGAAGCGAAGAACUGCAUAAGGCUGGCGAAGAUUUUGUGUGGCCCCUGCUCUUCUGCGGUUCCCUUUGAAGACAUGCCGAGUGCCUGUUUGAAGAAGAAGUAUGGGACUUGCGCGCUGCGGAAUGCUGUGCACACCCCCAGCGAGGACAACAUAGACAGAGAGAUAAACCUAUUUUUUGAUAAAGAAAAUUUUUGCAGCGAAAAUGGCAUUUUGCUAAUAAGGAGGGGAGCGCUACGUGGAGAGGACUUAAACGAUCUGCGAGAUUACUUGCAUGGUUACGGAUUCAACGUGUUGGAAGAGAAAAUAAUAUCGGUUGACGAGGAUAGUUUGAGAAAGAUGCUGGAAGAACCCGGGGUGCUAGUCCCCACUGCAGAGCCACAGACGCAAUACGUAAUCAUCACCCUUUCUAGGGUGAACUGUAUCACCUGUCUGCACUACCUAAUGGGAGGGAGGAGCGCCAAGGAGUCCAAACUGAAAAGGCCAAACAGUAUGAGAAGCAUGUUCAGCGUUGAUAGCGAUGAUAUUAUCUUCGUGAAGGAUAAAAGGAAAAUAAACAGCCUCAUUAGACAGCACUUCCUCUUCGAAAAAUACAACGAGUCGAUUACAGUCGACAUGGUAAAGAAUUUUUUGUUUUGCAAAAAUGUUACUUCAUAUGAGAAGGAAGAGGAAAAUGUCAAGUUGAGGGAGGUCCUUCUGGAGUGCUUUACCAAAAUGUGUGAGUCAAGACCGAGUGGUGAGGAAGCCAUAGUGUGGCUCAGCGAGUGGCUUCGCCAGAAAAGGGAACAAAUCGAAGGGGAUGUAAAGAAGGAAGAGGCGGGGAGAAAAAUGGGCCAUCUGUCCCCACCUGGGGGGAAGGAAAAAGAUGGAUUAACUAGCGUAGGCGGCGCGGAGAAAGUUAAACAGAGUAGCAUUCCCAUAGGAAGCAGCAGUGGUAAUAGUAUUGCAGGUGGGGGAACCAAAGGGGAGGGUCCCAACCAAGUAAGCAGCUUGCAUAAAGCAGCCAAGGGGAAGAAGAAAAUUCUUAUCAUACCGGACAUUGACGCUAGGGGGAAGGACAGCCCGGUUGGCGGAGAGAAUGAUGAGGCCAACUUAAAAAUUGUAAAGCAUUUGGAACGACUAGGUUACAUCAACUUAUGUUUUAGCGAGCUGUGCAUGAAGGAGGAGAAGAAGAAAUCCUUGCUGGGGAAAAAAAUAGAGUACACGAAGAGGAAGUACAAGAGAUUGACGGUAGAUUUGAUGCGGCGAAUUCUGAAGGAGAAUCUGGAGAGGAAUCGCUCCUACAGUAGUUACGUGCUGACUGGCUUUCGCGGCGUGGUCGACUUGGCCUACCUGACGCGGGAGGAUAUAAUCCCCACGGCGUUCUGCUUGCUGGUGGGGAGAAGCGAGAUAGGGAGCGGUGAAGGGGAGAGCGGUGAAGAGAAACGCGGCGAGGUGGGGAGCGCUGCACAAAUGGAGUCGUUCCUCUCGCUGCUCCACGGAGGCGGGAAGCACCUCAUAGAGCACUUCCUAAACAAGGGGAAAAUACUAAUCUACCGAAAGGGGAAAAAUUUCUUCGACAACAUGGUUCAAAAUUUAGAGAGCGAGGUAGUGGUCUUUUUGGGAGUGAACUUGAGCCACCUGAAGGGUGCAAUUCAUUUUUUGGUGGAGUGUUAUAACUACCUGUUCGUCGACCAUGUUAAGCUUUUUACCGAGGAGAGGCGGAAGAAGGCGGGGGAGGCAUGUGAGGACGGACUGAACUGCUCUGCGGCUACCUCGGAUAGGCUGCUCUCCCUCCUCAUUGAAAGGUUGAACUCUCUAAGGGGUAGAGAUUACCGAAGAUUUGUCCUGUGCAAUUUUCCCCUUAACAUGCAGCAGGUGGAAGUGAUCAAAGGGAGGACAAAUGCAAAGGUGGUGGUGUUUCACUUUAACUGCAGGGGGGGUGAGAAUGCGCUUCAUUUGGAGUGGAAGGAGACUCAACAGGGGUUGCUUCAACUGGGGGGUAGCGGCAAAAGGGGGAGACAAAAAAAAGCGGCUCACUAUAAGGUGGACGGUUCUUUCGCCCUAUGUGGGGGGACCCAAAUGAGUAAAGGGGUGACAGUCCACCAAUUCGAUGUGAACAACAAGGCAGAGAAACUAUCCUCAGGGGUGCACCACCUGUUUGAUUUGAUAAAUGUGGCAAAGAGGAGCGUCAUUCUAAUUUCUAACCUAACGUUGAAGAGCGUAGAUUUCAUUGGCCUAUACCUGCAGUAUGAAUACCCUCGCGUGGUUUUCUGCGACUUGAAUUUUAUGAGUGAGGGGGAGGCGCCCAGGGAUUGUCCCAACUGUGUGCGGCGUCUCAUUGACGAGGUGUGCGACGAGGGUAGCGGCACAAGUGGAAGAAAUCAGGAGAGGGUAAACCAACUAGUAAAUAAAAUGAACCACUUUGCGUCUAAGUUGAACGGCAGCUAUUUUGCAUUUUCGGGCUUUCCCAGCGACUUGGGGGUGGAGGACUUCCGGAAGUUGGAGCUCUUUUUCGACGUCAAGCUGUGCAUAUUGGUGGUGCCCGUGGGGGGAGGUGCAGGAGGUGCGGGAGGUGCGGGAGGCGGGGUUCACGGGGGUGAGCAGUCCCACCCAGUUGAGAAGCCCAGCCAGACUGAGGUACUCCCCCCGCUUGACCUAUUCAACGCCGCAUCCGCGCAGGCACCCCCCCUGGCGGGUACUGUCCUCUGGUUCACCAGCAGGGGACGUCUCCUUACAGUGGAGGUGAGUUCACCUGGGGGAGCAGUCCAGAGUGCUCUCAGCAGUGGUGGUGGUGAAGGGGAUGAGACAGCUACCAUGAUUGGAAACUCCUCAGGGGAGAAGCUUCGCCCCACUGACCAAUUAGGGGAAGGCGCCCAAGAAGAUAACCAAUUGGAGGACGAAGAAAAGAAAAAAAUUUUGAAAAAAGUCGAGGACAGAAUUAGACCCAACCUGAUUUGCUACUGCGCCCCAGACAGCUAUGAUGUGAAGGAGUUUGUAAAGAGGAAAGUUGGAGGAGACUCCAGCGGGGGUUCUUUUCACUGCUUUUUUUGUGAAGACGUGUUAAGGGAGUUACCUUCCAUCUUGGGAGAAAAGUCGGAGGGAUAUGUAAAAAAGCUAGCUGAGAGGAUCAAAACAGAAAAGGAAAAAACGAUAAGCGAACUUUAUGUGAUGUACUUGGAGGGUGUCUUGAAGCAUUCGAGCAAAUACCUUUUUGCCAAUGUUGUGUUGUGCGAUGUGCCCUUAUGGGCGGGUGGUGAGAAUGGCAGUUCUGUUGAAGCAUUUGAUCGCUUCGCAAAUUUUAGGAAGGUCGUUCAGCUUGUUCACAGCGCGCAGGGGGGGGACGCCCACAUGAUCCAUGGCUCGAACACUUGCGCGGCACUGAAUGACGACCGGGUGUUUGGAGUCGGCGCGCCUGGGGGUAGCAACGCUGUGGGGGAGGAGCUGCGGGAAGAUGAAGACGAGGUAGGAAGUGCUAAUAAGGAGGUGAAAAGAGAUAAUAAGGAGGCGGGAAGCGAUCAUAACGAGGCGGACAAAGCUGACAAACCUGUGAGCAGCGCUGAUGAGGAAGAGGCGAACGACGGGGACAAGCAGAGGGGCAGGUCGAAGCGCAAGGACAAGCUGAGCAAGUAUAACGAAGCGGCGAGAGACCUACGUAUCGUUAUCUCCAAGAAACACACUAACAUCGAAGUGACGACCAUUUAUGUGAACAAGGACAUGCCGCGAAAUGUGGAAAGCUUCUUCUGCCCCAAAAUCAUUAUCCUGUUUGUUCCUCAAAAUGAGAAGCUUCAGCUGCUCCUGUCAUCUCUUCUUUGUUUUCAUUUGAAAAAUUUCGCCUCCAUCAAUAUGGCGCAGCUGGUGCGUGAGGAAAUGGUGAAGGAGGGGCUAAGACGGGCGGUGGCCCGUUUCGAGGCGGGGAAGCCGGAAAAGGGCGGCACCGGGGGUAGGCACCACAGCGGUGGGUAUGGCGACGGGCACAGCGGUGGGCACAGCGACUGGCACAGCGAUGGGUACGGCGACCUCCUCAGUGACGAGAAGCGCACCCUCGAUGGAGCGUUCACAUCCCUGCUUGGUCAAAUAAAACGGGCAGACAGAAACGUGUUGGUGACUGGGUUCCCCAUUCUUCAGAACAAGUACAGCAAGAGUGACUACUUCGAGCAGUUUCGUUUUCUUAAGGCUUUUCAAAUUGGGGGGAUGAUUUGCCUCUCGUUUGAUGACAUCUAUUUGCAGAGUUUGGUGGGUGAUGCUACCCCCAAUGGAGCGUACGCUGGCAAGUAUGACGAAGUGACGCAAAUGAUAAAACAGGAGUUCGGCAGCAAAGGCGAGCACAAGCAUAAGUUGCACUUUGCCAAAAUAGCAAGCAAGGAGGAUUUGCAGCGCGCGGUUGGACAGAUUGCGGCGGUUUUUUCUGGCUGA